CAUAUUCGAAAGUAACCAAAUAGCGUUUAGCGCCUCAGUAACUGUUGCAUGUUUGUAGAUAAAUGUUGUUAUUCACUGUAUUAGUUAUUAAUGUAACACUGCUGAGCUCUUGUUUUAGCUCAUAAUGCGCGGUUUGCGACACUGUAACUGGUAUACUGAAUGUGCUAAACAGCUAACAGCUAGCAGUUCCUGUAUGAAUUCACCUGUAUGUGUGAUAGAAGCGACGCUGUUCGACAAACAAUAUGUCGUGGCUGUCCACCUGCUAUAUAACCCAUUAACUAUGCUGGCCGUCCUACAAUAGCCGUUGCAAAUGAAAAUGGAUGAUAUGUCGCUGUCAGGCCUGGAUAACACCAAGCUAGAGGCCUUGGCUCAUGACAUAUACUCAGACUUGGUGGAAGAUGCAUGUUUGGGGCUUUGCUUUGAAGUGCACCGAGCUGUCAAGCAAGGCUACUUUUUCCUGGAUGAGACGGACCAAGAAAGCAUGAAGGAUUUUGAAAUUGUGGACCAGCCAGGGUUGGACAUAUUCGGACAAGUGUACAACCAGUGGAAGAAUAAGGAGUGUGUGUGUCCCAACUGUAGCAGGAGCAUAGCAGCCUCGCGAUUCGCCCCUCACCUGGAGAAAUGUUUGGGAAUGGGGCGCAAUAGCAGCCGCAUCGCCAGCCGCAGGAUAGCCAGCAGCAACAACACAAGCAAGUCAGAAAGUGACCAAGAGGACAACGAUGACAUCAAUGACAACGACUGGUCAUAUGGUUCAGAAAAGAAACCCAAGAAGAGAAAGUCAGACAAGAAUCCAAAUUCCCCCAGACGGUCCAAGUCUCUGAAGCAUAAAAAUGGAGAGCUGAGCAGUAGUGUAAAUCCCGACCUUUACAAGUACAACUACAGUUCUGGGAUCAGCUAUGAGACUCUGGGGCCAGAAGAGCUCAGAUUUCUCCUGACAACGCAAUGUGGGGUCGUAUCAGAGCACACUAAAAAGAUGUGCACGCGGUCCCAGCGCUGUCCCCAGCACACGGACGAGCAGAGGAGGGCAGUCAGAGUUUUCCUCCUGGGGCCGUCCGCGUCAACACUGCCCGACCCCGAGUCAGUGCUGGAAAAUGACGGGUAUGACACCCCUGAUGGACAGCUCAUCAUGUCCCGCCUCCAGUGGGAUGGCUCAUCUGACAUCUCACCUUCAGACUCCGCUUCCUCCAAAGCCAGUACAAAUAACUCAGACUCAAAGAGACCUAAGAAAAAGAAGAAGCCUAGCUCUCUACUCAUGAGUAGUGCUGGAGUGUGUGAGAGGGAAAAAGCAGGAGAGCGAGGAGAACGAGAGAGAGGAGGAGGAGGGAGCAGCAGCAGUGUGAGUGGACUGGGUGGCGCAGGCACUAGCAGUAGCAAUUCCCAGAGUGCACUUGCCCUGUCAAAUCGUAAGAAGAGACCCAGACCUCCACCUCCUCCGGCCCCUAAUAUUUAUGAUGACCUGAACUAAAAGAAUAACACACACACAAACUCCACCAUGAUUGUUACACAGACUUCUGGGUUUUUUUUUCUUCGCUAUUUUAAAGCAGGAUGUGUGUUUGCAUAUGUAUGUCAUGUGCAGUUGAAUGUUGGGAUUUGCGUUUACUCGUGAUUGGUAUAAAUGUGCUAUAGCAUGUCCAGACUAAAGUGAGGUGAUGUGCGUGCUUGGUAAAUCCUUUUGAAUAAUUCUUUUAACGGUUUGGCUUCAAAAACCACACUAUAAUGCUGCUGCCUCUUAACUGAUGAUGCUGUUUCAGAACAGUCCUACUGCUUCCUGCUAAAUAAUGCUCCUUUGAUAAUCACUGUUGUAGCUUCAGGCCAAAUUAUGCUCUUUCAAUCAACACACUUAUUGUCCGCCGCCUCCUGGUAGAUAUUUUUCAGUAUACAUUGCACUAUUUAUUUACAGUGUAUAAUUGAGUGUGGUAGUGUGCACGUUGUCUUUUUUGGGUCUUGAGAGCACUUAUUACACCUGUUUUAUUUUACACUGAACUGCUAAAAAAAAUAGCAUUUAUUCUUGAGUAAUGUAAGAUGCACUUCGUUUGGAGUAAAUACAAAAGCCUUAUAGCUUUUUAAAGUGGAUUUUUUUUUCAUCUUUUAUUUUUGUAAUUUGUGGAUUCAGAUUUAAAGCGUGUAUAAAAUGUUUCUGUGGUGGAGGGAUAAAAGAUUCCACUGUUACUUACUGUACAUAGGAAGUUGUGCUGUGUGUAUGGAUAUGUCGUAAUUUUUCAAUGCUGGCGUUGGUUCUCUCACUCCAUGCAGAACAUCCUGUGGUAUUGUGAAUAAAGACUGGCGUGUCUCA